AUGUUUUUAGAUGGUUUUAGUCUUGAGGUUCUAGUAAACUCUUCAACGCUCCAAGAAUAUCGCGAGCCAGUUUAUAAUUACAAAGUGUAUUUGAUUAUUAAUCUUCUACAGAUUCCUCAUAUGUGCAUCUAUCGAAGAAAUUCGGCGCAACCAUCGCAACGCUUUACAAACCCGAUUCUCGUCGAGACCUUUGUGGACGGAAAUCACGAUUUCCUCUAUUAUUGUUUAGUUGCUCCAGCUCAAACAGAAAGCGAUGGAUUUUGGAAUGUAACUCGCGACAAAAAAGCUUACUUCAAAUUCUCGAAAGCUCUGUGGACCAAUGACGAAAUUGAUACAAAUAAUCUUCCGAGAAAAGUCGCCAUAACCGAGUCCAAAGAAAAUAAAGGAAUCGAAUUUUCUACCGAAUUUAAAGAGAGAUCAGAAUCACCACCUCCAUAUAUUAAAAAGUGUAUAAUGAAACCUGCUGAUAAUAGUCCCAUUGCUGUACUGAAUAUUCAUUAUUGUCCGAUGAAUUUUCGAACAUUACCAUUAACAAAGAAAGACGAUACUGUGAGUGAUGUAAAAUUAGAGGAAGACGUUGUAUUUGUCAAGAAUUCAAAUAGUGAAUCGUCGUCGUCGUCAUUAGUCAUACAACAUUAA